CUUCUCUCCAACUUCAUUUCAUCAUCGCUCUCUCUGCUCUCUCUCCCUCUCAAUCCUCCCUCCUGACGACCAAUUCACUCCUGUCGUUUCGAUGUUCAUGCAUUGACUUGGUAUUGGGCCGCAAGGGCCAUUGACUCCUCUUCCUGAUUCUUCCGAGACGAUAAUCCCCUUACGAUCGCCCGAACUCCAUCCCCGAUCUCCCUCUCGUCUCCCUUGAACAAGUCCUCGGUGAUGGCUUCUCCCAGUUUGGACCAACUGGUCAAAGGGUCUCCAACUCCCAGUAACCGAUUGAAUCCUUCCUCAACCCCCUCUGAACUCUUGCCGACGCCUCCGUCCUCCGGUGCUGAAGACCAUGCGCCUGAACAUCCGACUUCCCUCCCACAUGCGUCGACCCCGGACCCGCUGUCCACGUUGCCUUCCUCCCCACCCCAAAUCUACCUCAAUCUGCUAGUCCUGGAGACGUCUCUUCGCGCUCAAUAUCUUUCCCUGCGAGAACGCCGCCGUCAGAAUACCUUCUUCCUACUCUUGCUGGCUUCCUGGAUCGCCUAUUUUGCCUAUGCGCUGUUUCUCCGCCCGCGCGAAGAUGGCCGCGGGGUAGGAGGCUCCGUCUACUGGGUCGUGGAAACGGGCGAGAAGGUCGCCCUGCUCGGGGGCGUUGUCACGGCCCUGCUGGUCUGGGGAACCGGACAGUGGGAGCGUGGAAUCCGGUGGCCUCGACGCUGGCUCUCCAUCGCCAACCGCGGCCUGCGCGGCAUGAACACCAAGAUCGUGGUCAUUCGAGGCCCUUGGUGGCAGGAGCUGUUCUCCUACGUGUCCUUCCUGUUUCCCCUAUCGUCCCCCUUCUUCCCAUCGUCCGUCGGGGAUUACCAUUACAUCGACCGCCCGGCAUCCGAAAAACGGAGUAGUCGGCAGUUCUUCCAACCGUCCUACAACAUGGAGCCGGACUCAGGCCUGGUGGAGGAGGACCUCAGUCCAGGAGGUGACUACAUCCGGCUGCUUCUCCUGCCCAAGUCCUUCUCCCCCGAGUUCCGGGGCAACUGGGACGAUUACCGCACCGACUUCUGGGAGAAGGAAAACGAGCGUCGUGCGCAUCUCCGCGAGAGACUCCGUGAGAAGGAGCGCCAGCUGGCCCGGCAGGAUCAUGGCUGGUUCUGGUGGAUUGGCAGGAGGGCGUCGGAACGACGACGACUCGCGGCCGCCACGCUCAACAAGCCCCUCCACCAUCCGCACCUUCAGCACCACUCCCACGCCUCCAAACACGCCCACCAUGAUUCCAAAGGCUCCCCCGUCCGACGCAGCACGCGCUCGGAAUCGCAUUCCCGCACGCCCUCGCGAAGCACCACCCCUGUCGAUCCCGACGACCGGCCCCCGUCCCGGUCCUCCGCCAGCGGCCGUCCACGUCGCGGAAGUAACGUGUCCACGCCGGAGCAACAACACACCCCGCCACACCGGAAGAAGCGGAACUCCAAAUCCAUCUCCCGGGGCAUGUCUCCACUCACCCAGGCGCAGAUCCGGGAGGGCGUGCACACGCCGUCCUUGUCAUCAGACGAGUCCUCCCUCGUCGGAACCCCGGGCGAGAAGCCCAAGGACGCUACUAUUCUUUCAACCUAACUGUUUAUCUAAUUCUGUCGUCUCUACUUCCCAUCCUACACCUACUUAACCUACUAUAUUCCUUGAACUUAUACCCCGUUAACACAUUUGGGCGUGACUGUCUUGUUGCGAUAUCUCGUUGCUAUCUUGUUCCUAUUGGGCUCCUGUGCAUUUUAAUCUCUUUUCCCUUUUUAUCUUCUUCUUUUCUCUCUUUUACCUACAUCUUUUUCUUUGCAUCAUCUUCUCUCCCACAUUUCGAUCUUAAAUCUCGCUAUCCGCAUUAGACACAGACCAGACACUCCAACAAGGAUCAGAUAGAGGCGUCUCUAUCGUAUUUUGCAUGGCACGUCA